GCCACUAUUUACACUUUGACAUCUCCUGUCUGAAAUAAUGUGCAUGAAGGCACUCAAGCUGUGUAGAUUAACUCAUUUAUACUGUAAUUUUUAACUCCACAUUUUUCCAUAUAAGUUUAUUUUUUUGGUGAAUUAUAAUUUGUAAGUAAAAUAGCUGGUGAAAGAUGCCAUCUACUAACCUUACUGAAUUUAUUCUUCUUGGGCUUCCAUACCGUCGCCGGAUACAAACAUGUGUCUUUGCUGUGUUUCUAUGUGUUUACAUUCUGUCGCUCUUUGGUAACCUAAUUAUUAUAGCCAUUACCUGCACAUACCGCCAGCUCCAAACACCAAUGUACUUUUUUCUCACAAGUUUGGCUUUCUUGGACAUCCUUUUUAUUUCUUCCACUGUCCCAAAACUGCUAAGUAUUUUGGUGGGGGGAAAUCAAGUUAUAUCGCUGUCUGGCUGCCUUAUACAGUUAUAUGUGUAUAUUUCUCUUGGUGGCACUGAGUUCUUCCUGCUGGCUGCCAUGUCUAUUGAUCGCUACCUUGCCAUCUGCCACCCUUUAAGGUACAGCGCCAUCAUGAGCAGUGACAACUGCCGGAAACUCAUUGUUGGCUCAUGGGCAUUUGGGUUUUUAGACCACAUCCUAUCUGUUUUUCUUAUAUCUCAGUUAAAGUUUUGCAGAAUAUCUUCCAUCAUUAACCACUUUUUCUGUGAUGCAUCUGCUCUCCUUCAUUUGUCCUGCUCAGACACAUGGGUAGUUAGGAAUGUACUUUUUGGUUCUGCUAUCCCUACUAUUCUAGGCUCAUUUAUUGUCACGGUAUCCUCUUACUUUUUUAUACUUUUAUCUAUCUAUGGUAUUUCAUCAGCACAGGGCAGAAGAAAAAUGUUCUCAACUUGCUCCUCACACUUUGUGGUAGUUUCCAUUGUUUACGGCAGCUGCAUUUUUCUCUAUAUCAGGACUGACGAGUCUCGGUCUUCCAGUACAGAGAAGGCUGUAUCUGUCUUUAAUAGUAUUUUCCUUCCAUGUCUUAAUCCGUUUAUUUAUACUUUAAGAAAUGAAAUGAUAAAGAAUAUUCUAAAGGGCUUCUGGAGGACAAAUGUACGUCUCUGUGUCAAAGACUAGUGGCUAAAGCACAAAACUUUAUGUGAAUAAAUAC